GAAGGCCAACUAAUGAUCCGUGCUGCUUGGUUCAGCCCUAACUCGAUUUCUUUUUUGUACCAGUAUAUAAGCCUCUCUCCAACUACCAAGAAGACACAGUUGCUUCCAAAGUUCCAACACAACAACAUGAAGGUUUUCAUUCUCGCUGCAUUGGUCGCCGUCGUAGCUUCUCAGGGUUACCCCAAGCCACAGUACCCUAAGCCGCAGUACCCCAAGCCGGAAUAUCCUACGCCAGCAUACCCCGCACCAGCAUACCCUACACCAGCGUACCAAACUCCAGCCUACCCUGCACCGGCAUACCCGUCUCCGGCUUAUGCCAAAACUCCGGAAUACGCUCCUAUGCCAUACAACUUCAACUGGGCCGUUAAGGACGAUCCCUCUUACAACGUUUACACUCACCAAGAGACUGCCGAUGACAAGGGCUACGUUUCCGGUUCUUACCGCACUCUUCUUCCUGAUGGCCGCACUCAAAUCGUAAAUUACAAAGCCGAUGACUACACCGGUUAUGUAGCUGACGUCAAAUACGACGGAGAGGCAAAGGAAUACAAGCCAGUUUACAAACCCGCUGGUUAUCCAAGCCCCGCUUACCCAAGCCCAGCUUACCCAAGCCCCGCUUACCCAAGCCCAGCUUACCCAAGCCCCGCUUACCCAAGCCCAGCUUACCCAAGCCCAGCUUAUUCUGAACCUAAAUAUCCAAGCCCGUCAUAUCCUAGCCCAGCCUACCCAUCACCUAAAUAUCCAACCAAAUAUUAGAUGAGCCAGCUGAGUUAUAAGUCAAUUGUAAACUAAAUUAUCGCAAACGAAAAAUACAUUCUAUCGUAGCAAAAA